CGGGCAUGGCGGCGAUGUUAACUCUCUGCUUCUGGCUGUGGGCUGUGCUGUUUAUCCUUGCGGCCGCAGUCUAUGAAGACCAAGUGGGCAAGUUUGAUUGGAGACAGCAGUAUGUUGGGAAGCUCAAGUUUGCCUCCUUGGAAUUCUCUCCUGGAUCCAAGAAGCUGGUUGUGGCGACAGAGAAGAAUGUGAUUGCAGCCUUAAACUCUCGCACUGGGGAGAUCUUGUGGCGGCAUGUUGACAAGGGCACAGCAGAGGGGGCUGUGGACGCCAUGCUCCUCCACGGACAGGAUGCAAUCACUGUGUCAAAUGGAGGCCGAAUCAUGCGUUCCUGGGAGACUAAUAUCGGAGGCCUGAACUGGGAGAUAACCUUGGACAGUGGCAGUUUCCAGGCACUUGGGCUGGUAGGCCUGCAGGAGUCAGUGAGGUAUGUUGCGGUUCUGAAGAAGACCACUCUUGCCCUUCAUUACCUGUCCAGUGGUCACCUGAAGUGGGCAGAACAUCUCCCAGAGAGCGACAGCAUCCACUACCAGAUGGUGUAUUCCUACGGCUCUGGGAUGGUGUGGGCCCUUGGGCUUGUCCCCUUCAGCCAUGUGAACAUCGUCAAGUUCAACGUGGAAGAUGGAGAGGUCAGGGUUUCAACUCCAUGGCUGCAACAUCUCACUGGGGCCUGUGGUGUGGUGGAUGAAGCUGUCCUGGUGUGCCCUGACCCAAGCUCACGUUCGCUUCAAACCUUGGCCCUUGAGACGGAGUGGGAGUUGAGGCAGAUCCCACUGCAGUCUCUUGGUUUAGAAUUUGGAAGUGGAUUCCAACCGCGGGUCCUGCCCACUCAGCCCAACCCAGUGGAUCCUUCUCGGGCCCAGUUCUUCUUGCAGUUGUCCCCAAGCCACUAUGCUCUGCUGCAUUACCAUCACGGUGUCCUGAGUUUGCUCAAAAACUUCCCACAGACUGCCCUGGUGAGCUUUGCCACUACCGGGGAGAAGACAGUGGCUGCAGUCAUGACCUGUCGCAGCGAAGUGAAACCUAGCAGUUCUGAAGAUGGCUCAGCGGGGGGCUUUUCAGAGAAGUCUGCUCCAAAGGACUCACUGACUUGCUUCAAUCAGACCUACACCAUUAACCUUUACUUAGUGGAGACUGGGCGGCGCCUUCUGGACACUGGGAUUACGUUUGGCCUGGAACAGAAUGGCACUCGGCCCGAGCGGCUAUACAUCCAGGUGUUCCUGAAGAAGGAUGACUCAGUGGGCUACCGGGCCUUGGUGCAGACGGAGGAUCACCUGCUACUUUUCCUGCAGCAGCUGGCUGGGAAGGUGGUGUUGUGGAGCCGCGAGGAGUCCCUGGCAGAAGUGGUGUGCUUAGAGAUGGUGGACCUCCCCCUGACUGGGGCACAGGCUGAACUGGAAGGAGAGUUUGGCAAGAAGGCAGCGAUUCAAGAUGGCCUGCUGGGGAUGUUCCUGAAACGCCUCUCGUCUCAGCUCAUCCUGCUGCAGGCGUGGACUUCCCACCUCUGGAAGAUGUUUUAUGAUGCCCGGAAGCCCCGAAGUCAGAUUAAGAAUGAAAUCAACAUUGACACUCUGGCCAGAGAUGAAUUCAACCUACAGAAGAUGAUGGUGAUGGUCACCGCCUCGGGCAAGCUUUUUGGCAUUGAGAGCAGCUCUGGCACCAUCCUGUGGAAACAAUAUCUACCUAAUGUGAAGCCAGACUCCUCCUUUAAACUGAUGGUCCAGAGAACCACUGCUCACUUCCCGCACCCCCCGCAGUGCACCCUGCUGGUGAAGGACAAGGAGACGGGAAUGAGUUCCCUGUAUGUCUUCAAUCCUAUUUUUGGGAAGUGGAGUCAGGUGGCUCCCCCAGUGCUGAGGCGGCCCAUCUUGCAGUCCUUGCUCCUCCCAGUCAUGGAUCAAGACUACGCCAAGGUGCUGCUAUUGAUAGAUGAUGAAUACAAGGUCACAGCUUUCCCAGCCACGCGGAACGUCUUGCGACAGCUUCACGAGCUCGCACCUUCCAUUUUCUUCUACUUGGUGGAUUCAGAGCAGGGGCGGCUGUGCGGAUACCGACUUCGGAAGGACCUCACCACUGAGCUGAGUUGGGAGCUGACCAUCCCCCCGGAAGUACAGCGGAUCGUCGAGGUGAAGGGGAAGCGGAGCAAUGAGCACGUCCAUUCCCAGGGCCGCGUGAUGGGGGACCGCAGCGUCCUCUACAAGAGCCUGAACCCCAACCUGCUGGCGGUGGUGACAGAGAGCGCGGACACACACCACGAGCGCACCUUUAUCGGGAUCUUCCUCAUAGACGGUGUCACUGGGCGCAUCGUCCACUCCUCCGUGCAGAAGAAAGCCAAGGGCCCCGUCCAUAUCGUGCACUCCGAGAACUGGGUGGUGUACCAGUACUGGAACACCAAGGCGCGGCGCAAUGAGUUCACUGCACUGGAGCUGUACGAGGGGACCGAGCAGUACAACGCCACUGCCUUCAGCUCUCUGGAUCGUCCGCAGCUGCCCCAGGUGCUCCAGCAGUCCUACAUCUUCCCCUCCUCCAUCAGUGCCAUGGAGGCCACCAUCACGGAGCGGGGCAUCACCAGCCGGCACCUGCUGAUUGGGCUACCUUCUGGAGCAAUUCUUUCCCUUCCUAAGGCCUUGCUGGAUCCCCGCCGCCCAGAGAUCCCAACAGAACAAAGCAGAGAGGAGAACCUGAUCCCGUACUCCCCAGAUGUGCAAAUACACGCCGAGCGAUUCAUCAACUAUAACCAGACGGUGUCCCGGAUGCGAGGCAUCUACACAGCCCCCUCGGGCCUGGAGUCCACUUGCUUGGUCGUGGCCUAUGGUUUGGACAUUUACCAAACUCGAGUCUACCCGUCCAAACAGUUCGAUGUCCUAAAGGAUGACUACGACUACGUGUUAAUCAGCAGUGUCCUCUUUGGCCUGGUUUUUGCCACCAUGAUCACUAAGAGACUGGCUCAGGUGAAACUCCUGAAUCGUGCUUGGCGGUAAAGCCCUGAGUCCAUGCCAGAGAAGAGAGCCGGAGGGGUGCAGCCAGCUGUGAAGCUACAGCUGCAGUUUGGCCAUCGUGGAGUAUGUGUGUUCAGUGCUCAUCUCAGUUCAGAGUUGUGGGAACCCUCGGGUAGAAGUCCCAGAAUCCACAUGACGCAAAAUCCCUCCGUGGAUGGAGACAGCGCUCACUGUCUCAGCUGAGAACUUGAAGCACCCUGAUGGACUUUUCCUCUGCGGUCCAAAGGACCUGCUGUUUCCUGUCUUUGCCAUCCCUGAAUGUUCUGUUAUUUUUGUGAGACCAUCAGCUGAUUUUUCUUUUCUGUGAGGCCUGUGGAAAUUGAAUUGAAUUUGUCUUCUUGGUUUCCCAGUUUUAUCUGGGGAUCCUUCUGACUCUUCCCUGCGUUCUGCUUUAGAGUUAGAAGGGAGCUCUUCUGGCCAAUGCCACCUGGUAGGAGCAGUUGCUGUUUUACCCCAGGGAGAAAUAGGAUUAUCAUAGAGGAGGUCUGAGGACUGACCAGCCUCGUACCAUUUCUCUCCAAAUCAUUUAGGGUCAAGGAAGCUAUGUGUGGUGUCAAAAUUGGUUGUCACUUAGCCUCUCGUUUCAUGCUGUCACUCUAGUUUGAUGCUCUCCUAUAUGAGAUUGGGCCACCCAGUCUUUACUUCAGUUUCUUAAAAAGCCAAGUGCACCCUAAUGUCUUGGUUUGUGGGUUAUUUCCUGUGCUUUCUACCUGAGAUACGUCAGAGCUUUUUAAAACUACUGAAUGGUCUGAACCUCAGAGAGCUACUAAGGGGUCACUUGCCCAUUCCACGACCUCAUAGUCUCUCACUUCGCCCGCAGGCCACUCUAGUCACCUAGGAAAGGUGUUCUUAAUUGAAGACCCCAUUAUUUAUUUUUAGUUUUAGAUAGUAAAUUAACACAUGCGUCAUUAUGGUUCUCUUUGAGUGAACAGAUUUUAAAAUUUUAUUGUUUUAACCUUUGACACUGUUGGGUCGUCAGGAAAACCAUGACAUGUUUUUGCGUAGAAAAACAUGGAAAAAUAUAUCGUGACUUUUCAGAAACCUAAUUUUAAAGUGGGGACAAAAAGGGUUGGGGUAAGAGACUGGCAUUUGUGGAUGUAGCAUUACUGAUGGGCCAGGUUGCUGGGUCUAUGGAAGAAAUAAACGUUUUCCCUUGUG